AUGAUGAUCAAGUCUGCACCACAAUCACCUCCACCUCCUCCUCCUCCUCAUAGAUCGACCACUCCCACUGAAUACACCAUCAAUAUUCGAUCCUUCUUUCUACAGAAAAGAGAUCGAAUUGUUUUUCUAUCUCUAGUCAUUAUCACCCUAACCUUGUUGAUGCCCAUGUAUAAUGAUUUUUAUGUGUACUAUCAUGAGAAUUACCUAUUGUUGCAACAAACAACUCCCAUCCAUCAAUGCCAUGAUGAUUCCAAAAUAAUAACCAGGUUGAGGACCACAGAAAACAAGAAGAAUCACAUGAAUGAUCACAACAACAGACGUCGGACAGUCCAACUCCACUCACAGCAUCAUCAUCGUCCUGCUGCUUCUACUCGGAAAGCAUUCAUUAGCAUGCAUGUGGAGGAGACAACUUUACGAUGGCCCACCACUACUCUGACCACCACUGAAUCUUCACCACUUUCCACCACGACUACUGCUUCAAUUGACCAGAACAACCACAAUCCCUCCACGAUCAAUGAUGAUCAUAAUAACAACAACCACUCAAAGCAAUACCUCUCCAUUCCACAAAUUAUUCAGCGCCUUCUCGUCAAGUACCUCCUCCAAUUCUUCCUCUAUGUGUUUCUUUUAGGAAUUUAUUGGAAAUUCCAUAAUGUGAUGAAUUUCAUUUUCCGCCACAUGACCACUCGUUUGAACAACACAACUUCCACCACGACAAUACCACCACCAUCCUCCAACACCACCUCCUACUCAUCCAAUUAUGUGUUAGUACAAUUACUCCUUUCCUUCCUUCUUGGCAAAAUCUCACUCUCCCCUCAGACCAUUCUUCUUUUAUCUGAAAUUACUCGAUGCACAGGAAGUACUUUGUGGAUUAUGUGUGUGCAUUUAGUUUUGGGAAAACAUGCACCUGCUUACCUUUGGAUCUUGGUCUAUGCUUGUUUGGGAAGUGUGGCCAUGGAAAUUAGUCAUAGUGGUGGUCAAAGUGGUGGUGGUGGUGGUCAAAGUGGUGAUUCGACAAGAACUUCGAGGACACAUACCACGACUUACAUGGCCAUUUCAUUCAUGGUGAGUGGAGAUUUAUUUGUCAUGAUCUAUUUCCUCGAUUAUACGUUGGGAUAUUGUGUGUGUGUGGCUGUAUCCAUUCUCAUCAUUCAGGUCAUGACCAUUGAAUUGAUUGAUUUUAUGAAAAGUCAUUCGAUUGCCUUUGUUCAGCAACGAGAAGUUGAAAGCCUUAAACACAUGACCAAUCUCUAUAAGAAUUUGUAUAUGAGUGCACCUGAUACUUUUCUAUCAUGUGUGUAUAGUCCACAUAGUCCACAACAAGAAGAAGAAGAAUUGACAAGGACCACAAAAUGUCUCCGAACCAACACCACCACCACCACCACCAACACCAUGGUGACUCACCAUCAUGAUCAUGAUGAAAAUACUACUUCUACCACUAGUACGACGACUCUUGAGAAUGAUGAAUGUCAUGAUGAUGUUGGUGAUGAAAGUGUUGAAAGUCAUGGUCAUGGACUCGAAUCAUCCAUGUCAACAACUGUUAGCAACAACAACAGUACAAGUAGUAGUAGCAAUCAUAGUCCAUACUGUCAGCAACACUCAAAAAAGAAGAAACAGAGAAAUACUUCUCUCAAUGCUUCUGAUGAUCCUUAUCAAUGUUUGAAACAUUUCAAAAUCAUUCAAUACAACCAUGCUGCAUGUGACAUGUUAGGCUAUCACUCGGAACAAGUCAAUAAUAAUAGUACUAAUAGUUGCAAUAGUACUCGUAGUAAUAGUACUCAUGAAUGUUCUCUGACUCUUUCAGAUUUAAUCUUGAAUCCCAAUGAACACUCCAGUGAAGAAUUGAAAUCAGCAGUGUUGGGAGGUAAUGAUGCAACCAUUCAUGAAUUACAACUCAAAUCCAUGAUCAAAUUAAGAAGUAUAUUAUUUGAUAUCAUGGAAUGUCCACACUCCUCCAUUUCAUCAUCAUUACAGCAGCAGAAUCAUCAUCUAGUCAUGGAAUGCCCCUCAAGUACUACGAGUUCACAGCAACAACAAGAAUCUCCCUUGUUGAGUGGCAGUGUUAUUACUACAACUACUUCUAUGAAUCUAUUCAACAACAACAACAACAACCCUCAAAAGGGUAGUGAUUCAAUGUCCUCCUCCAUUUCAUCAACAAUGUCAUCCUCCUCUUCCUCCUUAGUAUCGACCAACUCUACUACUUCGAAUUCCACUUCGAAUUCCACUACGAAUUCCACUACUUGUAGUACCAACAACAACAACACCUCCUCUCAAUCCUUGUACUCUCAUGAUCGAAUCAUUCCUCUCUUCAUUUUAGGAAAGAAUGGAAGUAUCAUGACAUGUUCCAUGAGUGUCUCUCGAAUUGUUCUCUAUGAUACUGUGUGUUCUUCUCAUCACAAAUCGAAUACAAGUACUUGUCAUACUCCUAGUACUAAAUUAAAUCAUACUACUAAUUCUCCUACCAACAACACUGAAGUCUAUCCAGUCUAUUACAAUAUGAUUCUUCAUGACUUGACACAAAAAUACAAAUUAUUGGAUGAAUUGAAUAUCGAAAAGGAAAAGGCAGUUCAAGCCAAUAAUGCUAAAAGUCAAUUCUUGGCACAAAUGUCUCAUGAAUUGAGAACACCCUUACAUGGAAUUAUUGGAUUGACUGAUGUCUUGUUACAAUCUUUCACACAACACUCUUCAGGUCAUCAUCAUGUUCCAACAACAACCACCUCAGCAUCAACGUCAUCAUCAUCUUUGAAUCAAGUCUUGUCUUUGAGUUCAACAAUGACAACAACAACAACAGAAUCAUCAUCACAACCAUCCAUCCUGUCAUCCUCAUAUCCAACAACAACAACAACAACAACAGGUAAUGGAUCCAUUAUCAUUCAACCUUCAUGUGUGCAGUCUGAUUCAACCACAACUCUCAAUUCUUGUUGUUGUUGUUGUUGUACUCAACCACAAGGCAUUCAAACAAACUCUCCAACAAACACCAAUGCUGCUACUUCUGCUUUCAACCACUCCUCUUCAGCUCUGGUGAAAACAAAAUCGAAUUCUCUGGAAUGUUAUUAUCAUCAACAAGCUCCUCAACAACAGUAUAUUCAAUUGAUUAAUACCAUUCAAACCAUCAAAUAUAGUGGUAAUAUUCUACUAGGUUUAAUUAAUGAUCUUUUGGAUAUUUGUAAAAUUGAAUCCUCAAAAAUACAAUUGGAAUGCAAACCAUUUAAUUUGAGAAGGGCAUUGAAUCAAAUUCAUUGUGGAAUCUUUCAACAUCAAGCACAACAAAAGAAUUUGAAUUUCACCAUUGAUUUGAAUCCAAAUGUUCCAACCUAUGUGGUGGGUGAUGAGAAUCGAUUGGUUCAAAUUUUAAUCAAUUUGGUGUAUAAUGCGAUUAAAUUCACAGAUCAGGGAAGUGUGUCUUUGAGUGUUGAGAGAGAAGAAGAAGUGAUGUUGAAUAGUGAUACUACUACUACUACUACUACUACUGCUUCUACUAAUUCAUCCACUCACAAUACGAACCAUUCAAACUCUGCUCCUGAGAAUCAUGAUGCGAAUGCCACAAUGCCCUCUUCUCUUCUCGAAAGAACGAGUUCAACAACUGAUGCUACUACUACUACUACUACUACUACUACGAACAAUGAACACCACUGCUCGACCAAGGAUAGGAUCAAUGAUUCCUCUCCAAAUCAAGAACAUGUUGUUCAAGAAUCAUCAUCUGUAAUACUUCAUGACAAACAUUCACAACAGGAUGGCAUGCUCACCUCAAUACCACAAAAUUUCACAACUAGUCCACAAUUCUAUAUCAUCAAGUUCAAAGUGACUGACACGGGAAUUGGUAUCUCACCCAAUGAUAUGUGUAAAUUGUUUCGACCAUUUUCACAAAUUCAUUCAAACAGCACUUCAUCUCACAAAUCUCUCAAGAUGAAAAAAGUCAAUGAGGGAACAGGAUUAGGACUCUAUAUUUGCAAACAAUUAGUAGAGUUGAUGGGUGGUGAAUUGAAUGUGAAAAGUGAAGAGGGGAAAGGUUCAUGCUUUUAUUUUAGUGUCAAGUUAGGAAUUGAUGACAGUAACAAGGGAGAUCUUUUGAUGCAACACUCAUCUCAGCAAUUCGUUGAAGAUCCAUCAUCACCAUUAUCGACCAACGAGCUUUUGAAUUUUCCUCAACUCUCAAAAGAUAUUCUUUCCAAGCUCAAAAUCUUAAUCGUGGAAGACAACUCAAUUAACAGAAUUGUCCUGAUCAACAUGUUGAAAAAGUUAGGAUGCCACAAUAUUGAUACUGCCAAAGAUGGAGUUGAAGGUUGUGAAUUGUACACCUCGUCAACAUCACAAAAAGAUACCAAUGGUUCAUCGAAAUAUUAUGAUAUUGCUUUUAUUGACAUUUACAUGCCAAGAAUGAAUGGCUAUGGUGUGGUUCAGCAUAUUUUAGAAUCUGAAUCAAAAGAAGCCGCCUCUAACACGACUGCUCUAGUUCAAUCACCACAGGUACAACCAGAACAACAACCACACCGACAUCAUACUAUUUUAGUGGCUCUGACAGCCAAUGGUUUUGAAGAAACAAGAAAUCAUUGUCUUUCCAAUGGUUUUGAUGUGUUCAUGAGCAAACCUUUUUCAAUGAUUGAAUUUGCACAAUGUUUGGCAGAAUGUGUAAGGCUGAUUGAGAAGUAUAAUGGAUGA